GAAGAGAAUGAAAAUUACGUAGACGACUUGUGUUUGGGUAAACUCCUGCAGGGAAUGUGUCAUCGUUGCUUGAAUAACAAGAAAGAAGCAAUGGAAUGUUUGAGAAAUUCUUUUGACAGGUAAAUGAUCAGGGUUCGUGCUAACAUUGCCAAAUAUAACAUUUCUCUUUCUUUUCUCUUUCCCCCCCCCUCACUUUUUCUUUCUUUCAAGAUCUUAUGGGAACAACAACCCAUUCCCAUGCUCGGUGGUUAGUGCACUGGACUCCAUACAUAGAGGCUUAGGUUCCAGCCUGACUGGGUUACUACUAUGUGUUCUUUGGCAAAGCACUUUUUGGUGCCUCUCUCCAACCCAGAGUAGAGAAAGCUGAUGAUCAACUCUGAAAAACCUGACGAAAUGUGGUCAUGGAUUAGCUUCCCAUUCAGGAAAUAUUGGAAUACUCUCCCCACUUCAUGCUAAUUUAAUUUUAAAAACUGGGACGCGUUUAACCUAAUGAGACUGGCUCAGAUUUUAACACCUUCACUAUCUCGUUCCAAUCCCUCUCCCAUAUUCAAAUAAGCUUUGUACCGUCUCCAGAUCUCUCUCGCCAAUUUAUCCAAGACGGCUGCUCCAUUUUCUUUUGCCGUUGUUGUUCUUAGUCGAGUGAAGAGCCCAGAUAUGGAUGUGCAUACAGGUGUAUGGAUAGAAUUUGUAUGACCAGUGACUCGGUCAUGUCGUGCAGUAAAUAACUGCAAUAUGAACAUGUGUAUGCGGGACGGUUGUGUUUUUUAUUUACAGAUCAAAAGAUUUGAAGCAGGAUUUUUACCUCACUCCUUACGCAUGUGCAGAGAUUGGGUUUCUGUAUUUGGACGAA